AUGUCGAGUCUGGACCCAACGCCAUCGAGGGUCGCCCCUCGAGGAAGGGACCCGGCAAGAGGAGUCUACUACAAGCUGGCGUUCUUCAGUGUUGCUCUUUUUGCGGCUCCUAUUUCGGCGUAUUAUUUCGCUAAGGACAGGUAUUUGGAUGGGAAUGCAACAUAUGCAGGAGGACUAGCAGCGUUAGUAGCGAACCUUGUGCUAGCGGCGUAUGUCGUUGCUGCGUUCUUAGAGGAUGAUUCUGAUAUUGCUCCUCCAGCGAGAAAAGAAGGUAAAGGGAAGGAGGGGAAGAAGGAUCAAUGA